UGCGCGCGGGCUGCCAAAGGAAGCGCUUCGCCAGCCGGGCCACGCGCUAGGUCCGCCUGGGGGCGCGGCGGCGCCGAGGGGCCCGGAGCGUGUCCAAACGUCCAGCCUGCGCGGCGCGCCCAUGGACAGGCCCUGGAACAGCAGUGACGGCGCGGAGGGCGCGCGGGAUCCGGCGUGGGCCGAGCUGCUGCCGUGCGACGAGCGCCGAUGCUCGCCCUUCCCCCUGGGGACGCUGGUGCCGGUGACCGCCGUGUGCCUGGGCCUGUUCGCCGUCGGGGUGAGCGGCAACGUGGUGACGGUGCUCCUGAUCGGGCGCUACCGCGACAUGCGGACCACCACCAACCUGUACCUGGGCAGCAUGGCCGUGUCCGACUUGCUCAUCCUGCUCGGGCUGCCCUUCGACCUGUACCGCCUCUGGCGCUCGCGGCCGUGGGUGUUCGGGCCGCUGCUCUGCCGCCUCUCGCUCUACGUGGGCGAGGGCUGCACCUACGCCACGCUGCUGCACAUGACGGCGCUCAGCGUCGAGCGCUACCUUGCCAUCUGUCGCCCGCUCCGCGCCCGCGUCCUCGUCACCCGGAGCCGCGUCCGCGCGCUCAUCGCCGCGCUCUGGGUGGUGGCGCUGCUCUCCGCGGGGCCCUUCUUCUUUCUGGUGGGCGUUGAGCAGGACCCCGGCUUCGACGCGCUCGCUGACCUUAACGGCACCACGCAGCUCACCCCCUCAUCCCGCGCUUCGCGGCCACCACCAGUGUCGCCCCCCGGGUCCUCGCGGGCGCCACCUCUGUCCCCAACGUCGGGGCGCGAGGCCGCGGCGGCCGCGGCGCUCUUCAGCCGCGAGUGCCGGCCGAGCCCCGCGCAGCUAGGCGCGCUGCGCAUUAUGCUGUGGGUCACCACCGCCUACUUCUUCCUGCCCUUCUUGUGCCUCAGCGUCCUCUACGGGCUCAUCGGGAGGGAGUUGUGGAGGACCAGGGGCCCGCUGCGAGGCCCGGCCACCUCGGGGCGGGAGAAGGGCCACCGGCAGACGGUCCGCGUCCUGCUGGUGGUGGUUCUGGCAUUUAUAGUUUGCUGGUUGCCUUUCCACGUUGGCAGAAUCAUUUACAUAAAUACGGAAGACUCCCAGAUGAUGUACUUCUCUCAGUACUUUAACAUUGUUGCGUUGCAACUUUUCUAUCUAAGUGCAUCCAUCAACCCAAUCCUCUACAACCUCAUUUCUAAGAAGUAUAGAGCCGCCGCCUGGAAACUGCUGCGGGCCAGACAGUCGGCACAGACAGGUUUCUGCAGAAGCAGAGACACUGAGGGGGACACAGGAGGAGAGACGGCUGGCUACACCGAGACCAGCGCUAACGUACUGACGCCUGCCAUCAGCGCGGACGAGCACGUCGCCUGCUCCCACGGUUCUGGGACUUCGGGAAAACAAGUCGGUAGGGAAAUAAAGACUGAAAAGGGGGAAUUGAUGCUGUUAGGAAGAACUGGAAAGAGUAGUCGACAUUUUGCAAGUUGGCCAGCAACUCUGUCAGGAUGACUUUUUUUUCAAUCAAGGUGUGAAAAGUAAGUAUACCAAUCUUUCCAGUGUUCCUUUCAUUGACCUCCUCUGGGACGUUCAUUUUAGCCUCAUGAGAUCCCACAUUACAAAAUGUGCUCUGGGGAGAUUGUACAAGUCUUCAUUCUCUUAGUCUUUGGAAACACAAUUGCUCAUUUUUCAAUUAGUAAUAUAGACAGAUGCUGCCAUAAAUAUGGUCGCCUCUGAAAUCAAAGGUGUAUUUUGCUUUCAUGUUGUGGAUAUAAGUAUAUUCUUGUGCAUAUACAAGGAACCCAGGAUAAUGAAAUUUUGAUCCAAAAAAUUAUUUAAUGCCUAUUUAUGGCAGCAAAAAUUUUUAGAAGCAAGUGGAGGGACUUGUGGGCAGAGUUCAAUGUUCAGGAGUCCCACCUCUCCCGGCUCAGAGCAAUCAUAAAGUUUAGGCACAAUACCCUCUUGGAGAACUACUGUGCAUAAGCAACAUCUCCUUGAGAUGGCCCAUGGGUCUAUCCCAGUGCCAUUGACCAUGAGGUAGCAAGCAAACCUGGGCACCAAAGCCUGAGGGCAGAGAGCUGCAGCAGGACCUGACUUCCUGACAGUGACUACUAGUGACAUUUAUAAAGAGCUUUCAUAUCCGGUUCACCUCAGCUUGGUGGGCUGUGUUGUCAUCAUUCCUCUUGUAGUAGUGGUGGAACUGAGUCUUAGAUUUCCCAAACAGGAACUGAUGGGCCUGAGUAAGAAGCCCAGCGUUUAAGAUUCCUACCCACUGUCACCCCGAGAAGCUGCUCUUACUGAAAAACACCAGAGUCAGUGAUUGUAGUCAAGGGAGAAAGAGAAUGUGCUGGACAUUCUGAUCAACUCUGUAACUUUGUUUUGUUUUUUACAGUUUAAAACAUAAACCUGUUUUCAGGGGGCCUCAUUCUCAACGUAGUCUGUGUGAUUGGCGCGCCCUGGAGGUGGGCGGGGCACAAUUUGCUCAGU